AUGUGGCGUAGAACUGACAAGGACUCAAAGAUUCUAUGGCUUUGGCAUAUGUUUUAUUGCUGGGUUUGCUAUUUCUUUCUUCUCGACGUUCUUGCUGUUGUCAGGAAGGUUCGCCGCUUUCGCAGUGCUAUACUCCUUGGGGAAUAUUCUAGCUUUGCUGUCAACAGGCUUCCUUGUGGGCUUCAGGCGCCAAUUGAAGAUGAUGUUUGA